AUGACGGACUACUCACUCAACGACUGGAGCCAGCAGAACGGGACCUUCUCACCCGACCCAGCCUUCCAAUGGGACUUCACUGUCGUUCAAUCGCCAAAGACCAUGGCGACUCAUUACAACGAUCUUCUACAACGAGCAGCAGACUUCUACGCUACACUCGACACUUCUUACGAUAGUUUGUCCGCUGCGGGCUCUGAUGCUUCGUAUCGAUCGACGCCUGAACGGCGUGUAUCUUCCGUAUCCAGCGUAGUUACGCAAGUCAAGAGUUCAAUUCCCGACAAGCUUGAACGGAGGCGGGAGCAGAAUCGCUCUUCACAGCGAGCUUACCGCGAGCGCAAAGAGCGCCAUCAGAAGGAGCUCGAAGAACAGAUCAGUCAAUGGCAGCAGAAACACCAAAUCCUCUCACGCUCUUAUUCUCAACAGACCGAGGAAGUCGCGCGCCUCAAGGCCCAAAUUGAACAGCUGAACGUCGAAAUCUCCAACCUACAAGUCGCUAUUCCAACGCUUUGCGGGUCACUCUGCCAGUCUCCACAGGAAUUUGACCUGGUGCCGUUCUUCAACUCCGAAGCGUUGAGCCCGGUGUCCAGCCCACGCCUCUCACAGGCAACGCCCGCCACUCAGAGAUGA